AUGGCUCCAAGGUGGUGGGUGCAGCGCAGCAGUGCCCCUGGAGACGAAGGCUUGUGCAUCUGUCCCUUUGAGAAGUUCUGCAGCCUGGCCACAGCUGCCCUGCCCUCCCCCCGCUCCGCAGACCCAGCCUUCAGAGUCACUGGCUUCUCAGACCCGGCCUACAUCCAGCUCUUGAGAUCACAUGCUCCUGGAAAUCGGGACAGCGGGAGUUUCAAACAUGCAUCUUUGCUGUGUCCUUCCAUAUCACCCCCAUCCAGACACCCCCUCUGGGAAGUAGCAAACAGUGACGCCCAGGGCACUGAGAGGUUGGAGCGUCAGACAACUCAGAAGAGCCACGAGACUCAGUCCAGUGCCUUGAUCUCUCUGAGUCUCCUGUUGGGGGAGGACCCAGGACACCUGUCCCGGCAACCGCAGGCCACCAGUUCACAGGAGCCACUUGGCUGUCCCAGGCCCUCUGAGGUGGGCUCAGAAUACCCGCCUUUCUUCCACAUUCAUGAGCAGCCCCUGGCUAUGGAGGAGCUGGCUCAGCAGGUUGAACUCUGCCCAGGACACAAAGCUGGCUGGAGCAGCAGAAAGGGCCUGUUCCUCGGGGAGUCGGCGCCACCCAGUGGCUUCUUCCCAUACUACCGCUCUCAGGAAGAGCUUCUCCCCAGCACCACCCCUCAAGGCUGCCAGUGUCUGGGCACCAGAGACCACUUUCCUGGAAGUGGGGCACAGGAUGGCUGCUGCAAGGUGACAUGGGAUGGAUUCCCUUGUGCUUUGGCAGGGCCAGACCUCCUCGCCUCUGGCUUUUCAUCCUCACCAGCCUGCUGUCACUUCUUAGGAGGGUUCACGCCUGAUGGCGACCGGUCUUCCCUUCUCUGGGGACCGUGUUUUGAUGCUUCAGGAUUUGUACCAUACUACAGAAGCCCUGAAGAGGAGCUUCACACCAGCCCGGUGCCUCCCUCUUCUGUGCUGGGGAGCUCGAGGGAGUGA